UCAUUGUUUCCGCCGUCUUAGACUCUCCACUGUCGAGUCGGCCUUGUACAGCGCCGCGUGAAGAAUGCAUCGUACAGGUUCAAAGUAUGCACGACCUACAUAACGACAUUUUUCCAGUUGUACGCAGAUCCUGGGUUCAAUCAGUCUCCCAAGUGGUUGGUGGUGGCGCGCGCGCAGCAUGGCGGCAAACGCUUACAGUUGAUUUGGCAUGCGCGAGGGCUGUGCCACGCGACCUACAUCUGCGGCCCAAGUGCUGGACCAGGCCGACCAACAUGCGCAAGUCACGACUUCAUAAGCGAGUAAUCAACCGCUGUGUAACUCAAGAUGUUGUGUUACUCGAGAGUUUUUCUAUAUCGAAACUUCACACUAACAUGUGACUUGGCGACAACUUACGUGCCUACAUGGAUCCAUUGUCGAUUGUUGCGGGUGCGGCUGGGUUUGUGUCCCUGGGAAUCCCUAUAUCGAAAGAUUUGAUGGAAUUUUGUGACGACUACCGGGGACUUGACGAGGACUUUGGGACCCUAUCUAAAGAAGCGGCAUUCCUGAAGAACCAGAUUCAGUGCACUGAGCGCCAGAUGAACCGCUGUGAGGGGAUCGACAAAACACUCCAAGAGUCGCUGUAUUCACUGCGUCAACGGGCAGAAGAAUGCCAACAUGCAUCCGAAAAGAUACUGUUUAAGAUGCAACGGAAAAACUCGGGCAACUGGAUUCAAAGGCAAGGCUCAAGGUUGAGGUAUCCCCUAGGACCGAAGCGCAAGCUUGAGGAUGUGUUGCAGCAACAGCAGCAGUUUGUGACAAAGAUCAAUCUGCUUCUCGCACAAAGCAACAUAAAUGAGACGAUUGCAACGAGGCAUAGCAAUGAGAUGGCAUCAGAGCGGUUACUUUUAAUAUCGGAUCGCCACACAGAGCAAAUAACCCAGAUUCUGGACUCCAUUGGGCAAUGUUCGAGGACAGAAUUGCUGCAACAGAUGGAGAAGAACAUCCUCGCAGCGAUAUCGAACCGAUCGGUCAACAUUGCUCACACCGGGGGCGAGAAAGAGAUGGACAUGGUCACAUCGUCCGUAACUGACGUCUCAACUCGGUACGACUCAGCGUCACUGCGUCCUCGACACCACAAGCGCAACACAAGAGCAAACCAGACAUCCAAGAUGCGCCUUGCCCAGAACUCGAAAAUCACUUCGAAACGCUUCACCGGCGACUUUACCGUUUUCCAACGGGCUGUCAAGUGGGAUGUUGCAAUCAAGCAUUCGACCAACGGCGUGUUUCAGAGUCUCCAGAUUUUCCCGUCGCUCAGCAUCCAAGGCGUGGUACGCUGGGACUCACCAGCAUUUAUACUCUUGCGAGAAACUGUGCCACAGGUCAUAGAUUGGCAUGCCGCUGAUAUAGUGGUCCGUCGUGCGCAAUUGCGCAAAUGCCUACAAGACAUUGAGGGGCUUUACACCGCCGGGGAGGCGUCACCAACUGAUAUUAUCCCCGAUGGAAAUGAUCUCUUAUCACUUGCCAUACGCACGAUGGUCGACCAUUUGCGCAGGGACCCUCCACCAGGCACGUCCGACAUGAGCCGGAUCAGAAAUGAUCUGGAAAGGGAACAUGAGCUGCGAAGAGAACUGAUAUCAGCGCUACAAGACUUCGGCAUGGACAUUAACAAUGGUAAACACCUCCAAGAUGAGUCUCUUGUGUUGGGAAAAGAAAGGCACCCCCCAUACAUGAAAGAAAGCAUCGAGUCCCAUGCGAACUGGGCAGCGAUUGUUGUCGCCCUCGCUGAAUGCGAUUUUGACGUAACAUACUUGCAACACGAAUUCUGGACCAACGUCGAGCAAUUAACGCAUGGCUGCGGAGCAGUGUCCAUCCAUGAGCUCAUGGACCCUGUCAUAGAGCCAUUGUAUGGCGAAGUGUCCCAAGCCGUCAUCAAGCGUGACGAGGGCCAGCUUUCACAGAUUCUGCAAUUGCGGCCUCGCUUAAUUAGCGAGAGGGAUUCGAACGGGGACACGCCUUUCCACAUCGCCACACGAUGGCCGUCGGGACUGAAAAUCCUCUUGAAGAGCGAGGAAUCGAUGGGAACCAGAUGUUUCAGUAGUGGCCCGAACUUGGAAGGCUGCACACCUCUCCUUUUAGCCGCAAUCAGCGGCCUCACCGAGACUAUCAAUAUUCUACUCGAAGCCGGCGUUGCUGUCGAUGAAAGGUCAUGGUUUUUCGUGUCUAGCGAACCCAACAAAGAGCUUGCUGUUCUCUUUGCAAAAGGCCUCGCGCGUAAACGAUUGCAAUUCGGGGAGCUUUUUCACUCUGCCUGCCCCGAGGCAGACAAUAUCGGAGAUGCUUGUAUGGACGAGGGCAUCGACGAAGCUCUGCAGCUGCUUCGAGGAAGGCGUAUAGACGUGGCUCCGGCUUUGAGUGAAUCAUACUCUGGACCACCCUAUGCCCUCAACCGGAGGACGGAAACCCCAAGUCUUGAGUUUCUGGACGCACUGCAUGAUACAGGCUUCCGCGGCAUCGACGUACCCGAUGAAAAGCACGAUACGUUGCUUGGCCGACUGAUCAGGUACAUUAAUGUCGAUAGCAUCGACGCAGUGUUCCGCCGCGACUUUGGGAAAAUGCGAACAUCGUGCCACGAUGCCCACGCGCCGAUCUCGUGGCUACUUGACCAUGAAGCUGACGGCUUGACUGGCGCUUCUUUCAUCAAAGACAAACACAAGAUCCUGCACUGGCUGCCUGUUGAGCUUGCCUUCCUCAACAUCUAUGAAAAAUGUGUUUCGGCGAACGAGUUUCAGCCCCGCAGUGAGGCUUUAUUCAGCUCAUAUCUCAACAAGAUAGGGCGUAGCGGUUCUCAUGGUCCUUGUCAUUGCCCAUGUUCGCGACAGCCAUGCGCCCCUGUCUCAAUUUACAGCCGAAUCCAACUGGAGCAAGCGCACCAGGUAGUCACCCCUCGGGGAUGCCAGCCUCGCAAAGCGUGGAAAUGGGACACUUCGAGAUUUGAGUACGGUGGAGUCACAGGAAGAGCCUUAUUUGACCAUCGGGGCCAUUUUCCCUAUGUUGACAGCAGUCACUUUCUUUCGGUCAUGCAAUUUCUCUCUGACGCGCACGACAAGACCAUGGCAUUGGAAGCCUUGCGACUGGCAACAUUUCACCGAUUGGGGCUGAGGCAUACAUGCUGUUUGUGGCGCCCGAAGAAUCCCGUGUCGGACACUCGCUUAACUGAAUGUCACCUGGCUGCCCUUUCUGCGGAAGAGAUACUCGAAAUCGAGGAGGAGCAGGACGCAUUGACAUACGAUCUGGAGCAUCUGAUCGACGAGUUUGAGGAAGCAAUGCAGGAGCACGAAUGCGACUUUAUUGACUUCUUGCUGGGCUUUUGGUGGGAACGAAUGGAAAGAUACGAAAAGGAAAUCAGUACUGUACAGACGGGCAGUGCGCAAACAUUGCGGGACCUGGGGAUUGUACUGACGAUUGAUGAAGCUGAUGAAGCUGAUGAAGCGGCCUGAGCGUUCUGUUGCACUUGGUAAGAAUAUGAUAUAGUACAGCAACCUAGAACUUCAACACAUACUAAGUAAUAGUAUAUUUGUUACCCUAGAUUAUACGCGAAGGUUUAGCGUGAAUUAUAGGGGUUUUGGUUGCCAAGUUUAAACAAGUGGCAUAAACUCAAAAACUGAUCACGGAGAAGAUGCGCAUGCGGCGCCGGGAAGCAUGAUAAUUAGAAAAAGUAAGGACCAAAAUAAAGUCACCUUGACACACGGUACACACCUCUCUAGUAGGUAUUUUCACAACGGAAAGCUCCUCUGAUAGCUCGCGGAUCGUGGGCCCGUGGCCGCAUGAUUCUCUCUCGGUCGUGGUCAGGUCAAUCGGCAGGGUCGCUAGCGCUAGCGGGUAGAAUCUAACCGCCUAUGGCUUAGCGCUGUCGAUAUAUGCUUAUACAAAAGUACGAAUCUCUCAAUAACUUUAUAUAGUC